AUGGCUUCUUCAACCGAGACAACUUGCUACUACCUCGUCCCCAAUCUCCAGGCCCUCGACCCCUCAGCCCGCGAAGUAGACGCCUCGGCCUACACCUGGGUCCAGCCCACUAUCAUCGAGGACGAGGACCUGACCUUUGGCGGAAAGGCCCUGAGCACCUGGUACGAGGAGGAACGUCGCCGUCUCAGCAGCGGCAGCGACGAGGAGGAGCGCCGCGGCCGCGAGCGCACGCGUCAAACGACACUCGACAUCUACCCGCCACAAGCAAUCCUAUGCUUCCUCCACGGAUCAGCCUGUCAAACAGACAAGGCAUCUACAUCUACCAUCUACCUCUUGCACCCUACCUCACAGACCUCGCCAUCACAUCAACGAUACGACUAUAGACACUCAGACUCAGAUAUCCACCCAUCCCGAUACACCUCCAACCUCUUCCACCCGGGAACACACCUGUACAACUUCCCUCAAAUCCAACCUACCUCUUCUCUUUUGCUCGGUCUACAUCAGCAUCAGCAUCAGCAUUCGGAACUCUCUCACGGAAAGCGCAUUUAG